UUCCAAAAGGCACGCUUACAAAUUUGUUUCCAUGUCUUCGGGUGUGAUUCGGAACAAGGCCGCGGCAGCAUUGCCGCGAUUCCGUUCGGCGGUCCGCAAGUUGGCCCAACACGGCAGUGAGGCCUUGCAGCCCAAGGCCGUCAUAUCGCUCGUCACGAAGGAACGGGUGUGGCGGAACCCGUUGAUAUCGAAUCGUAUCGCUCGAACGUUACGGAAACAAGCUAUUGUCGAUAAGACGUACGGAUCCUUCGACGCGGAGACGGGCAUUGGCUGGGAUCCUCAGUGGGAUGUUCAAGUCGCGAUCAACAAGGCCCAGGGACAAGGACGGUACCCGUCCAUCAAGAUACCGAAAAAGACGAAACGGAAUCGUACGCGAGAAGCUCGGGCGCUGAAGAUUGAAGCCAAUAUGGUAGGCAUGGACGAGCGUAUGGAAGACAUUUGGAAGCAGAGGCAAGCGAGUAAGCCGCCAAAGACGUUUGAGAAUUUGUACAAACGCAACUUGAAGGUCAAGAAAUAAUAGGUAGUGCCACAACAUCUCUAGAGAUCUAGAAAUGGACCGAAAGGAAGAUUACCGUAAUUAUAGAAAGCGUACACGCAAUAAUUCUCCUAUCCUCUUUAUAGCUAACGAUAGGAUU